GAGGUUAGAGAUACUUGAUGAUCAGUCGUGGGUUUCAGUGUGUGCUGCUGCCUUUGACCAGCAGGAUGCAGAGGUUGUGUGUAGAGAGCUGGACUGUGGGGCUCCUGUACAGGUGCUGGGAGAAGAUGCUUUUGGCAAAGGAGACGCUCAGAUGUGGACACAAGAGAUUCAGUGCAGAGGAAAUGAGUCUCAGAUUCACCUCUGUUCAACAUCACCAUCACAUGAAAACAACUGUUCACAUGAACACAGCAUUGGUUUGCUGUGUACUGACAUAAUAAAUGUGAGGUUGGUUGGAGGUCACAGUCGCUGUGCUGGUAGAGUGGAGGUUCUUCAUAGAGGUCAGUGGGGAACAGUGUGUGGUGCUGGCUGGGAUUUGGCUGAUGCUGCAGUGGUGUGUAGAGAGCUGGACUGUGGAGAACCUGUAGAUGCUCUGCAUGGUGUUCAUUUUGGACUGGGACCAAAAGCGAUUUUUAGGAUGAAAAAUGCAGUGUGUACUGGUUCAGAGUCUACACUUAAGAAAUGUGGAUUCAUGCAACCAACUGAACCUGGUGUGUGUCUUGAUAAGAGUGCUCAAGUCAUUUGUUCAGAAGUCAGGCUGGUUGGAGGUUCUCGCUGCUCUGGGAGAUUGGAGAUACUUGAUGAUCAGACGUGGGUUUCAGUGUGUGCUGCUGCCUUUGACCAGCAGGAUGCAGAGGUUGUGUGUAGAGAGCUGGACUGUGGGGCUCCUGUACAGGUGCUGAGAGAAGAUACUUUUGGAAAAGGAGACUCUCAGAUGUGGACACAAGAGAUUCAGUGCAGAGGAAAUGAGUCUCAGAUUCACCUCUGUCCAACAUCACCUUCACUUGAAAACACCUGUUCAUAUGAAGAUGAUGUUGGCUUGGUGUGUGCAGACAAUAUGAGAGUGAGGUUGGUUGGUGGCCACAGUCGCUGUGCUGGUAGAGUGGAGGUUCUUCAUAGAGGUCAGUGGAGAACAGUGUGUGAUAAUUGCUGGGAUUUGGCUGAUGCUGCAGUGGUGUGUAGAGAGCUGGACUGUGGAGAACCUGUAGAUGCUGUGGGUGGUGCUCAUUUUGGACCAGGAUCAGGAUCAAUCUGGACAAAUCGCAGUUUAUGUACUGGAUCAGAGUCUACAGUGAAGAACUGUGGAUCAGUAAAUUGGGGUUUUUAUGACUGUGAUCAUACAAAAGAUGCAGGAGUCAUCUGCUCAGGUGUCAGGCUUAUUGGAAACUCCAGCUGCUCUGGGAGGUUAGAGAUACUUGAUGAUCAGUCGUGGGUUUCAGUGUGUGCUGCUGCCUUUGACCAGCAGGAUGCAGAGGUUGUGUGUAGAGAGCUGGACUGUGGGGCUCCUGUACAGGUGCUGGGAGAAGAUGCUUUUGGCAAAGGAGACGCUCAGAUGUGGACACAAGAGAUUCAGUGCAGAGGAAAUGAGUCUCAGAUUCAACUCUGUCCAACAUCCUCAAUCAAAAACAGCUGUUCACAUGAUAAAUACCAGGGUCUGUUCUGUGCUGAUAAAAAGAAUGUGAGGUUGGUUGGUGGUACCAGUCCCUGUGCUGGUAGAGUGGAGAUUCUUCAUAGAGGGAUGUAA